AUGACAACAAUCCAUAAAAAGGGAAGUAAGUUGGUUUGUGACAACUUUCGAGGUAAUGCCGUACUCGGCACCAUCUCGAGAGUAUACGGUAGAUUACUUUCGGAGAGGAUUGAAGCGGAGUUCUAUGAUAUGGAAGCCGAGGAACAAGCAGGCUUUAGAGCGGGUAGGUCAACCAUUGAUCAUCUAUUCGCCCUAACGCAUGUAAUAGAAAAAAAGAGGGCGAUGAACCAGGAGGAACACCUUCUUUACGUAGACCUCAAAAAAGCGUAUGAUAGUGUACCUGAGCAAAAACUUUGGGAAUCUUUGGAAGAAACCAAUAUCAGUAUAACCCUCAUUAAGGCCAUCCAAGAAACAUAUAAAAACAACAGUUGUCGAAUAAAAAGAGGUCAAAGAGUGUAG